UAUAGGAGUGGCCAUCUUUUAUAUAAUAAAAGUAACGAAAAGUGUCUGAAUUAGUACGAAGGCAAUCAGCUGAUAUUUCAUGGCAGUCCAAAACUACCUGCCUGGAAAGUACUUUUUUUUUUCUUUGACAGACAUACAUAGACUGUACGAGUUAUGUCAUCUUAAAUGGUUAAUAAUCAAUGAGUGCACGAAAUAGUUAAGUGUAAAGUGUGAGGAUGGGUAACGCAGGCAGUAGUCAGACUGUCAGUCAUCAUGGUAGCAAUGUUCAACGUGAAGUACAUCACAGGCAUAACAAAGAGCAUCAUCCACAAUCACCAGGAAAAGACGAUCAAGCAUUUAUAUUUGAUAAGAAACCUAGUCAUAAAACUGUCUUUCAAUCUUCUCAAGAUGAUGAAGAGACAUUUUUUACAAAGAUGUGCCUAAUAAACAACAUAGUUACAAACUUUUAUAUAUUGCAAACUUGUAAUGUUUUAAAGAAAGAUGUUAAGGAAAGCCAUAAUUUUCCUACUACUCGGCCUCGCUCUAAUACAGUUUCUGAAGGAACAACAGCCAAGCUAUCUGAUAGAAAAGUUUUACCUACCGUAUUCAAAUGGGAAGGUGGUGGUAAACAAGUCUACAUUAGUGGUACGUUCAAUGAUUGGAAGACAUUGCCUAUGGUAAAAAGCCAUGGAGAUUUUGUUACAAUUAUAGAUUUACCAGAAGGUGAGCACCAGUACAAAUUUUUUGUUGAUGGAGAGUGGAGGCAUGAUCCUGGUCUUGAAAUUGUUGAUAAUGGAAUGGGAUCAAAAAAUAAUUGUGUAUCUGUUAAAAAAUCAGACUUUGAAGUCUUCCAAGCAUUAGCGAAAGAUAGCGAAGGCAUUAUAAGUAGCGCUCAAACAGAGUACGGACAAGAUAUACCACAAUAUAAACCUUGGGAAAAAGUUCCUGGACCUCCAAUUCUGCCACCACAUUUGCUUCAAGUUAUUCUUAAUAAAGACACACCCUUAUCGUGCGAGCCAACACUUUUACCUGAACCUAAUCACGUAAUGUUAAAUCAUCUGUAUGCAUUAAGUAUCAAAGAUAGUGUUAUGGUACUUUCAGCGACCCAUCGUUAUCGCAAAAAAUAUGUGACAACGCUGUUAUACAAGCCAAUAUAA